AUGGGUAGCUACGCACCCGCAGCCCUGGCGUGCGAUCUCUUGAUAACGAACGGCAUCAUUGUCUCUUCAAGUGACUUGAUCUAUCCACCGGCAUCUGAUAUUGCCGUGAAGGAUGGCAAGAUUGUAUGCAUCGGCGCUCUUCAAGGGCUCUUCUCGGCACAGCGAGUUAUCGACGCUGAUGGAGCGUACGUAACACCGGGGGGUGUCGAUACCCAUGUCCACUUAGAUCAGCAUAUCAAUGGCGCAUUGGGGGACAACUUUGAGAACGGAACUAGGAGUGCUAUCGCUGGUGGCACGACCACCGUGGUAGCGUUCGCUUUCCAGCAAAAGACUGACGAAAGCGUACUGCCCGUUGUCGAAGCCUACCACAAGAAGGCAGCAGGGCUCUCCUACUGUGACUAUAGCUUCCACAUGAUACUGACGAACCCGACCAAAACCAUUGUCGAGGAGGAGCUCCCCACUCUUGUGGAACAGGGCAUAACCUCUGUAAAGCUGUACAUGACUUAUGACCCUCUGAAGCUCCGUGAUCGUCAAAUUCUAGACGUCAUGCUCGCAACUCGAGCCUUGGGCAUGACCACUAUGAUGCAUGCUGAGAAUUCGGAUAUGAUCGAGAUGAUCAUCGAACAGCUCUACGAACAGAAGAAGGGCGAUCCCUACUAUCACGCCGUCUCGCGACCAAAAGUUGCUGAGGACGAAGCGACGUAUCGUGCCAUCUCGCUCGCCCGACUAAUGGACACACCCAUCCUCCUAGUACACAUCUCUUCCGCGGUUGCCGCGCGACACAUCCGUGACGCACAGACGAAACUCCUUCCCAUCCACGCUGAGACGUGUCCGCAGUACCUAUAUCUGCUCAACGACCGCCUGCGGGGCGAAAACUUCGCAGGCGCAAAGUUCGUGUGCAGCCCGCCCCUGCGAGACAGUCACGACGACCUCAACGCGCUGUGGGAGGGGAUCGCCAACGGGACAUUCACAACAGUUUCGUCGGAUCAUUGCCCGUUCUCGUUCCAACACCCGUUGGGUAAACAGUUGGGGCUUAAGGAUGGAGUUUCUCGAUUCACAGAUAUCCCCAAUGGUCUUCCGGGAGUGGAGACGCGCUGUCCGCUGGUUUUCAAGGGCGUGCAGGACGGCCGGAUCAGUAUCCAAAAGUACGUCGAAGUCACAUCCACCAAUCCUGCACGAUUAUACGGCUUGAGCGCCAAGGGUACGUUAGCUGCUGGAUAUGACGCGGACAUUACAAUUUGGUAUAACGAGAGUAAACCUGGCUCGUCAUUCAAACCGUUUGACUUGACAAACGAGAUGCUGCAUCAUACGUGCGACUAUACGCCAUUCGAGGGCGUGCGGUUCGGGAAUUGGCCGAGAUACACUAUUGUGAGAGGUGAAGUGGUCUGGGCCAGGGAUGAGGGUGGUGUGGUCGGCGAAAAGAGCCUUGGGAGGUUUGUAAAGCGAGUGGAAAACAGCCUGAGGCAGCCGAGGGGCAGGUUUGAGAAUGAGUGGAUUCCGCAGUACAAAGGAAGGAUUCCGGAGAAGGCAAUGGAGGUCAAAGGCCAAAAAGUGCUGGUAAUGGAGAAUAGCUCCUGA